AUGGCAUCAUGGCCUACCAAGAGGGUAUAUGACAAAGCCAUCAAUGAGUGGGGGCAACCCAAAUCAAAGAUCACCCACCUUGUAUUCACUACCAUUUCUGGUGUUGAUGCACCCGGUGCUGACUUCCAACUCAUCAGGCUUCUUGGCCUUUCCCCGACCGUGAAACGUAUGAUGAUGUAUCAUCUAGGUUGCUACGGUGGUGGAAGUAUCCUUCGUGUUGCUAAAGACCUUGCUGAGAAUAAUAAAGGUGCUCGUGUCCUCGUUGUUUGCUCAGAGUUGAACUCUGUGAGUGGCUUCAAGGGACCUACUGAGACUGACUUCCACAUCCUACUUGGGCAGGCAAUCUUUGCAGAUGGCGCUGCAGCUUUAGUAGUUGGUGCAGACCCUGACAUGUCAGUUGAGCGCCCAUUGUUCCAACUCUUCUCUACAGGUACUCGAAUUCUUUCAUACUCAAAUGAUAUGGUUGAAGGUCACUUGCGUCAAACGGGUCUUUCAAUCAGCUUAUGCAAAGAUGUAACCAAAACUAUUUCUAGGAACAUUGGAAAAUGCUUGGAAGAAGCAUUCAAAAAUAUUGGUAUUAGUGAUUGGAACUCCAUUUUUUGGGUGUCUCACCCUGGUGGGCCGGCAAUUUUGGACCUCAUUGAAGUAUCCCUUGGUUUAAAAGAGGAGAAAUUGAAGGCAUCAAGGGAAGUGUUGAGCGAAUAUGGUAAUAUGUCGAGCCCCACUGUGAUGUUCAUUUUAGAUGAGAUGAGGAAUAAGUCUAUGAAAGAAGGAAAAGCCACAACUGGAGAAGGGUUUGAUUGGGGUGUGCUAUUAGGGUUUGGUCCAGGUUUAACUGUGGAGACAAUUGUCUUGCGUAGCAUCGAUACAGCUUAAUUUGGGCUUAUUGAUCUUACCAAUUUGCAUUGAUUUGUAGUUAUACUCUAGUUUAGUUGGGGUUUUCUGUAUAGCCCUAUAUUAUGUCCCUUCAUUGGUUUCAUUAUUUGGUCCUUUUAGAGUUUUUCCCCUAGGGAUGCCCCAUUUAUGUAUUAAUAUGGUGAUAUGAUUUUUGACAUUUAUUGUUCAAUGAGGGCCAAGGUCCUC